CUGUGGCUAAAGCCAGUAUUAGCUGGACCAAAAACUUGCCCUUCCUUUCCCUUUCUUCUUCAUGUUCAAAGACGUGCAAGGAAUGGCCAUUUCAAGUUUGAACAUUCUGCUCCAUCCACUCUUUGAAAUUUGAACCCUUUUUUUCUUUGAUCAUUAAUUUUUCUUUAUUAUUUCCCUUCGAUUUCCACUCCAGAUUACAAUACUCCCAUAAAAAUUUGCAUAUACAUUUAUUUCUUUCCCUGUCAAGACCAGUAAAAAAAUGAAUAUUUUUAAACAAGAUUGCAAAUACACAGAGAAAUUGACAUCUCCUUCCUUCUUCAAGAUUCAAGAACCCUUGUGUAGGAGUAGCAUAUAAUCAAACCUGUCAUCUGCCCUCUCUACGUGGUAGCCUCUCUCUAAUUAUCGAUUGGUGAAAUAGAGGUCGUUGUUAUAGUUGUAUCAAACUUUUCUAAAACCCACCCCCCUCUUCCUUCUUGUUUAUUUCUUUUCGCGGAUCCGUAUUCUCUACGUGCACUUCUCCUAUACACUAUUUAUACUUCUCUUCACUCAAAACCCACUUCGCCGAAUCAUUUCUAGACCCCCAAUAUGAGCUCUCAAUCGACUAUAUCAUCCUCCGCCGCAGCCGCUGCUGGUGGUGGUGGUGUUCAGAUCAAGCAGUCCCGACGAUUGCCUGAUUUUCUACAGAGUGUGAAUCUUAAAUAUGUGAAGUUGGGGUAUCAUUAUCUUGUGAGUCAUUUAUUGACCCUCUGUUUGAUCCCUUUAAUGGCGGUCAUUAUCGUUGAAGCCUCUCAACUGAACCCGGAGGAUAUUCACCUACUCUGGCUCCAACUUCAAUACAAUCUUGUUAUUGUCAUUGUCUGCUCCGUUUUUGUUGUCUUUGGAUGUACUGUGUAUAUUAUGACUCGACCCAGAUCAGUUUAUCUCGUUGAUUACGCUUGCUAUAAGCCUCCAUCUAAUCUCAAGGUCGAGUUUCAUCGGUUCAUGGAGCAUUCGAAGCUAACUGGCGAUUUUGAUGAUUCCUCGUUGGAAUUUCAGCGCAAGAUUCUGGAGAGAUCAGGCCUCGGCGAAGAGACUUAUGUCCCUGAAGCUAUGCAUUACAUUCCACCAAGGCCAUCAAUGGCAGCAGCAAGGGAAGAGUCAGAGCAGGUGAUGUUUGGUGCGCUGGAUAAUCUCUUUGCCAGUACCAAUAUCAAACCUAAGGAUAUUGGUAUUCUUGUUGUGAAUUGCAGCUUGUUUAAUCCUACUCCAUCCCUUUCCGCCAUGAUUGUUAAUAAGUAUAAAUUGAGGGGCAAUAUCUUGAGCUUCAAUCUUGGGGGUAUGGGGUGUAGUGCUGGGGUCAUAGCUAUUGAUCUUGCUAAAGAUUUGUUGCAAAUUCAUAGGAAUACUUGUGCUGUUGUUGUGAGUACAGAGAAUAUUACACAAAAUUGGUAUUUUGGGAACAAGAAGUCAAUGUUGAUACCAAAUUGUUUGUUUAGAGUUGGUGGUGCUGCAGUUUUGCUCUCAAAUAGAUCCACAGAUAAGAGGCGGGCUAAGUAUAAGCUUGUUCAUGUGGUUAGGACCCAUCGUGGAGCUGAUGAUAAGGCGUUUAGGUGUGUUUAUCAGGAGCAGGAUGAUGCUGGAAAAACUGGGGUUUCUUUGUCAAAAGAUCUAAUGGCAAUUGCAGGUGGAGCACUCAAGAUCAAUAUCACCACCUUGGGUCCUUUGGUUCUUCCAAUAAGUGAGCAACUUUUGUUCUUCGCAACUUUGGUAGCCAAGAAAAUGUUCAAUGCGAAAGUGAAGCCUUACAUCCCAGAUUUUAAGCUUGCAUUCGACCAUUUUUGCAUACAUGCUGGGGGAAGAGCUGUGAUCGAUGAGCUUGAGAAGAAUUUGCAACUUCUGCCCGUGCAUGUUGAAGCAUCGAGGAUGACUCUGCAUCGGUUUGGUAACACUUCAUCAAGCUCUAUUUGGUAUGAAUUGGCCUACACUGAAGCAAAGGGCAGGAUGCGAAAGGGAAACCGUGUGUGGCAGAUAGCUUUUGGAAGUGGUUUUAAGUGUAACAGUGCAGUGUGGGAGGCUCUGAGGAAUGUUAAGCCCUCUACUAGUAAUCCAUGGGAAGAUUGCAUUGACCGGUAUCCAGUGCAGUUAGUUCUGUAGUUCCCGAACAAUUUGAUUAGAGACUCGAUUUAGAGAAGGGUACUUUGAUAGAUUGACUGGAAACUACUCUGCUAUUUUGUUCUAGCCUGUGUUUAUUUUCCCUUUUUUUUUUUUUUCUGAUUUACUGUGUCCGGUCAUGUGUGAUUUUUCUCACAAGUCAUGUGUGAUUUAUCUCACAAGCCAGUGUCUCACAUCAUUUCUCAAGCUGGCCUCUCAAAUAAAAAAAAGAAAAGGCUAAAUCCCUGUUCUACUUCAAUGUUUUGAUAAUUAUAAUGCUGAAUGUAUGACUA